AGGAAGGGAAACAUUACUGGGUUACUAUGCACUUGCGACUGAUUUCUUGGUUUUUUAUCAUUUUGAACUUUAUGGAAUACAUCGGCAGCCAAAACGCCUCCCGGGGAAGGCGCCAGCGAAGAAUGCAUCCUAAUGUUAGUCAAGGCUGCCAAGGAGGGUGUGCGACAUGUUCAGAUUACAAUGGAUGUUUGUCAUGUAAGCCCAGACUAUUUUUUGUUCUGGAAAGAAUUGGCAUGAAGCAGAUUGGAGUGUGUCUCUCUUCAUGUCCAAGUGGAUAUUAUGGAACUCGAUAUCCAGAUAUAAAUAAAUGUACAAAAUGCAAAGCUGACUGUGAUACCUGUUUCAACAAAAAUUUCUGUACAAAGUGUAAAAGUGGAUUCUACUUACACCUUGGAAAGUGCCUUGACAACUGCCCAGAAGGGUUGGAAGCCAACAACCAUACCAUGGAAUGCAUCAGUAUUGUGCACUGUGAGGCCAGUGAAUGGAGUGCUUGGAGUCCAUGCACAAAGAAAGGAAAAACCUGUGGCUUCAAAAGAGGGACUGAGACACGGGUCCGAGAAAUAAUACAGCAUCCUUCAGCAAAGGGUAACCUGUGUCCACCCACCAGCGAGACAAGAAAGUGUACAGUGCAAAGAAAGAAGUGCCAGAAGGGAGAACGAGGAAAAAAAGGAAGGGAGAGGAAAAGAAAAAAAGUUAAUAAAGAAGAAAGCAAGGAAGCAAUACCCGACAACAAAGGUCUGGAGCCCAGCAGUGAAGCCACAGAACAACGAGAAAACAAAGACAACCAGCAGCAGAAGAAGCGAAAAGUCCCAGAUAAACAACAGAAAUCGGUUUCAGUCAGCACUGUGCACUAGAGGGUCCCCCGAGAUUAUUGUAGACUCACGAUGCUGCUAUCUCCUACCGGAUGCCCAGGACAGGUGCCCUAGCUGUUAGGACCACAGAUGGACAACGCCAUCACUGCUCAGUCUAAACAACAUUCCAAGUAGUUGCUACAUUCUUCAUACAAGCAUAGUUAACAACAAAGAGCCAAAAGUUCAAAGAAGGGAUACUUUUGAGUGGUUAUUUUUUAUGCUUUGGUAAAGUUUUAGAAGACAACUUAAGAAAUUUUGUACAUAAUUAGCAAUAGGUUAUAAGAUGUAACAACCUAUGAUGACAUCUGGAGAAGCAACAUCUUCUCCCUAUAGAAGUAUUUUUCAAGCUAGUGUUGUUUUAAGAAGCAAAAGAGAGUCCUACAAAGCAAAGAAGCGAUAUCCCUUCCAAACAAAUAGGAGAUCAGGGGAGAGAAAUGUUUUUCAAAGGACGGUGUUGUUUUGUCCAGAAGAUCCAGAGAGUGCUCAGAAUUUAGGGCAUGGCAUUUGGAAUCAUAGGAUUUAUCAUCACAGAAAAAACUGUUUUAAGAUGGGUUCUAUUGCCCUCAUCCUGUAUGUACUUCUGCAAGAAACAUGAGCGUGCAUACCAGAGUUAAAUAAACCAUAUGGGAUUGGAGAAAGGCAAAAUGUGGAAGAAAGCAUAGAGUAGGAGAUUAUUUUUGUGCUUUCCUAAACUGGGAAGGGCUGCGAUUACCUGGGACAGGACUCCAGUCUAUGUCAGCACUAUGUGGUUCAGCCUUGCUACUCCUUGGCUUCUGUAAGUCUGUAAACAUGUACCUAUAACUUACUUCCAAAAACAAAAGCAUACUUAUUAGAAGAAAAUCCUGAUUUCAUAGAAAACAAAAAGUAGAGCAAGGAGAGUAUAACAUGUUUGCAAAGUCAUGUAAGUUUUCUUUCUCUCUAGAUGAGAGAAAAAACCAUUUUGUUACCUGCUUGAUGAUCCACCUGGAACUGAAAGGGAUACAACUUUCAAGCAAGGUGUAUCUGUAGGGGGGAAAGCCACCACAAUAAAUAUAUUUGUUGAUAGUUUUUAAUGUUCCAUUCGCUUUGUUUUAUUGGAAAAUUGUUAUUCUUACUCUCAGAGAAUUCUGCCAAAUCAGAGAAGCUGUGUCCUGUGUAAUUCAAAACAUGCUACAUGUCUCCGUUUUUUACUUUUUGAAUCC